AUGACGACGAACAUCUGGGCAAUGGCCCUGUCGCUUCUUUCCUUUGCAUUUAUCACCCAAGACUACCUUCUUCGCACGUCUACACAAGGUCACAUCCAGCUUGGAUAUCUCAACCAAGCAGAGGAGACUGCCAUCACCUGGGAGGCAAUAUGCGAGACACCUGACCUUGCUUCUUUUGGUGUCAUGACCGCUUUGCCCCAGAGGGGUCUGGCAUUGAUCGGUAAUUGCCGAGGAUUCAUUCGACUUUAUAAUCACGCCUCAAAAUCCGUGAUCAAUAUCGCAGACGUUGGCAACAGACCCCUUGGAAUAUUCUUCCUUCAGGCUCAUUCGUCCAGGACGGAUCCCUUGAAUUCUUCUAAAAACUUCAGCUUUGUCGUCUGUUAUCCUACCGGAGAAGAAAUAACACUCGUCAACGUCUCCGACUGGAACACUGAUCGUCCAAAUACUGAAACAUUCACCUUUAGCCUACCAUCCACAUUUGUGGUUUGCAGUGCGUCUUUCAUCUUUGAUGGCCAAUACUUGAUUAUAGGAUCAAAAUUAGGCGCCCUUGCUAUAUAUAACACCUCUGAGGCUGAGCCUUUGUUGGUCAACCGCCGUGUUCAUGGCCGAGAAUUUGUCAAUCACAUUAGCGUCGUGACAUCUGCUACUACGAGUGAUAGCACAAAAUCGGACUUUGUAUUGACCUGUGGGCGAGACGGAACUUAUUGUCUCCAUGAAUUGCAGCUUUGUGCGGACGGGACGGAUGCUGUGUCGAUACAGACCGUGCACCGUACAGCAUCUAUGACCGGUGGGAACAUCGAAGGCGCCUAUUUCGAUAACGCGACUGGUGAUUUCAUGCUGUACGGAUUCAGAUCUCAAGACUUCGUCCUGCGCAAUGAGUCGAAGUUGACGGAUAUCGUAUCCAUUGCUUCAGGCGGCUUUCGUCGAGGCUGGGACUUCAUCCCAGGAGACAAAAAAGACAAUGCUUUGUUCACGUGGAAAGACGGAACUUCUUUAAUGACUACUCGCAUACGAACUAGUGCUACUACUUUACUCCGAGCUGGUGCUCACGGACGGGAAAUCAAAGCGAUAGGUGUUUUCAACCCUACCGGUGGGGAUCGGCCUCUGUUCGCGACUGGUGCAGAGGACACUACUGUUCGUCUUUUCACGCCAACUUCGUCAUCGGCUGCAAGUCCGUGGGGUAGCUUUGAGUGUCUGCGCGUCUUGGAUACACACAAGUCUGGGAUCCAGCAGGUGACAUGGUCUAAGGAUGGGAGAUACCUGUUCACCAGUGCUGCAUACGAGGAGUUUUUCGUGUGGAAAGUCUGCACCAUUCCCAUCUUCGGCGUUGCCACAAAAUUGAUGGCUGCCAGUCCGAAGGACGACGUGAAUUCCGAUCUCCGGAUACCUAGUUUCGAUCUGCUGGAAGUAGAAGAAUUUGACGGGGAGCGUGGUUUCCUCCUGUGCCUUGCUCUUUCCAAUUCUGUUUUUAAGAUCUUCCACUUUUCGCCAUCUAAUGGGGGCCAAUUCACUCUCCUGGCUCGUGGAAAAUACAUGACCAAUUGUUUGACUCAAGCCCAUUUCUUGGUUACAAGCACUUCCGUGAGCCUCAUCACCGCAGCAACCGAUGGCCACUUCACACUGUGGGAUCUGACAAGCACACUUGAACCAUUUUACACAAUCACACAAUCCACCUUGAAGGCCAAGCAAACCUUCGAUGGCUCUUCCAUCUCACCAGAAAACAUCACAUGCGAAAGUCGAUAUCAGAUUCAUUCCAACAGCAUCAAGGGGAUGGAACUGGUUCCUAUAUCUGACACAUCCACUGUUGUUGUGGCUGGAGGUGACGAUAACUCUCUCUCCGUGUCCCUCCUGCAGACACAUCCAUCCAACACCGGCACAAAUGCGCAGGUAGCUACAGUUUCUAUCCCCGAUGCUCAUGCUGCGGCGGUCACCUCAGUGCAAGUACUCAAUCAGCAAAUCUUUCGUGAUGUUAUAUCAAAUACAGAAUCCAUUAAAAUCACCGUGGUGUCCUCUGGCAACGACUACCGAGUCAAAAUCUGGUCAAUCACCGUGGACCCUGUACAGCCUGGUACGGAGGGGAUUAUUGUCAAAUUCUUACGGGAUACAUACAGCUCUGUGGCUGAUAUAGCAUCAUUGGGACUCCUCUAUGGGCCUGGGAAUGGCCUUCCCGCAGAGAGCCAAGUGCCUGGAUCGGAAAUACAGCAGUCGCGAUUGGUUGUAUGUGGUGUGGGCAUAGAGAUGUUUGCUGCCGAAUCGGAUCAAACCUUAUCUGCAUGA